AUGUUUCCUUGCUUACAAGCAACUGACACGCACACACACACACACGUCAAACACUCGAACGACAUCUACUUUCAAAAAAUGCCACGAGCACCAAAAUCACAAAAAGACCCCAACGCCCCCAAACGACCAUUGUCAACAUUUUUCCUAUUUUCGCAAGACGAACGUCCGAAAAUAAAGAAAGAAAAUCCUUCAUUAUCCGUUUCGGAUAUUGCCAAAGUUAUUGGCGAACGAUGGCGGGCAAUUGGUGAUGAUAAAAAACGUCAUUAUGAAGAACGUGCCCGACAAGAAAAGGAGAGAUAUGAUCGCGAAAUAGCUCAAUACAAACAAGGAAAAUAG